UUUUACGCUGCUGUGAUCCUCUCCCCUCCCUCCUCCGCCCCCCCACCCCUAUUUAUUCUCUUUCUUUUCACUUCCCUCUUCCUCCUCCUCCACCUCUCUCCUUUUCUGCUUGUGUCUCUGCUCUUAAGCUUGUUUGCUUGGUCGCGUCUAAGCAGCAGCGCGGUGUCAUAACCAAAACUUGCAAGCCGCUAUAGUAAUGAGGGAUCUUGUGGGAUGGAGGUUGGCCUCUGCCAAUGAAGGAGAGGCAGCGGUGGAGAUCUGAAGAGGACGCCAUCUUGUGUGCAUACGUGACGCAGUAUGGGCCGCGGGAGUGGCACCUGGUGUCCCAGCGCAUGAAUGCGCCGCUGCACAGGGAUGCCAAGUCUUGCUUGGAGAGGUGGAAGAACUACCUCAAGCCCGGGAUCAAGAAGGGGUCGCUCACCGAGGAGGAGCAGCGCGUUGUGAUCGGGCUCCAGGCCAAGUACGGCAACAAGUGGAAAAGGAUCGCCGCCGAGGUCCCAGGUCGCACGGCCAAACGGCUCGGCAAGUGGUGGGAGGUCUUCAAGGAGAAGCAGCAGAGGCGACAACGAGAAAGCAGCAGCAGAUCGGCGGUGUGCUCCAUUGAGCCCAGCAAGUACGACCAGAUUCUUGAGAACUUUGCCGAGAAGCUGGUCAAAGAUCACCACCACAUCUCCCCGUUGCUGAUGGCCACGCCACUACUUCCUCCAUGGCUUUCGAACAACAACGGUGCCCAUAGACCGGCAUCUCCAUCGGUUGCCCUCACUCUCUCGCCUUCCACCAUGCCCCCUGCUCCUGCACGUUGGCCUCCGACCGAGCGAGCAGCCGACAACAGCUUGGGCUCGUCACGCUUGCAGCAUGGCAUGGCACCUGGCUUCACCGCGGUGGAUGGCCGCAUGGUCUCCGACCUCGUCGAGUGCUGCAAAGAGAUAGAAGAAGGGCAUCGAGCGUGGAUGUCACACAAGAAAGAAGCGGCCUGGAGGCUGCAGAGGGUCGAGCUGCAGCUGGAUGCGGAGAAGGCCCACAAGCGAAGGGAGAAGAUGGAGGAGACGGAGGCCAAGAUUCGCGCGCUGAGGGAGGAGCAGCAGGCGGCGCUUGAUCGAAUCGAAGCAGAGUACAGGGAGCAGAUAUUGGGACUGAGGAGGGAUGCUGAAGCAAAGGAGCAGAAGCUUGCAGAGCAGUGGGCUUCAAAGCAUAUGCGCUUGAGCAAGUUUCUUGAGCAGUGUGGAUGUCGGCAAUGGCCAUCGGCUGAGAUGAACGGGCGGUGAGGGUGAGUGUGCUGAGGUCAAGUGUGAUGUUUCCUCGUUUGCCCGCCGUUGUUAGAUACCGUGUAAUGUUUGCAGGCACUUUUUACCGUACAUUUCCGAUCAAAAGCUUUACUUUUUGCUGCGUUUUAAGGACUAA